ACCCAGACUAUAGGUAAGACGGGCUUCGGUGCUCUGGCAGGUAUGAUUGAAAAGACGCACUUCUCCGGAUUCAGUUCAGUGUACCUCUCCGCGUCUUGACGCACGAACGGACCCGGACUUUGAAGGACUGAUUCUGCUCAACACUCAGACUCAGCAUGAAGCUGGAAGUGAUUUGUGGAAGUCACUAUGCAAUGAAACAUUUCGAGGCGCCCACUGAUGCAGAGGGGACUGUGCCAUCACUCCUCGCUGCUGAGGAGGAGCUGGGGUCGGAUGGGGACUGCGUGGCGCACAGCCCUUCACCUGUUACUCCGUGUGGCGGCGGCGGCGGCGGCGGCACCAGCACCAAGUCCAAGCCAUACACACGGAGACCCAAACCCCCCUUUUCAUACAUCGCUCUCAUCGCCAUGGCCAUCCGGGACUCUCCGACUGGACGACUGACUUUGGCGGAAAUAAACGACUACCUAAUGAAGAAGUUUCCGUUCUUCAGGGGCAGCUACACCGGCUGGAGGAAUUCUGUUCGACACAACUUGUCUCUGAAUGACUGUUUCCUCAAAGUGCUCCGGGACCCCUCCAGACCUUGGGGAAAGGACAAUUACUGGAUGCUCAAUCCCCACAGCGAAUACACGUUCGCUGAUGGGGUGUUCCGGCGCAGAAGAAAACGCAUUAACAAAAAGUUCAACAUGGAGCAAGAGGUUCCCCAGCACGCAGAGGAGCCGCAGCGCGUCCACCAGUCCGCUCCGGCCAGCCAGACUGAUUCCUGUCCCAAGUUUACCAGCUCCUUUGCUAUCGACAGCAUCCUCAGCAAGCCGUUCAAGGGAGACUUAAACAAAGAACAAUUACCCGUGCGCCCUGCCGUAACCUGGCCGUGGUACUCUGAACUAACGAUGCAUCAUUUAAAUACACCUGCAUCAUUUCCAUACGCAAAGGCACCUUACCAUAUGGACUCCUGUGGAGCGCAUGUGGCUAAUGUCUACGGCCGUCGGAUGCUUUAGACAGCCUGCCAGCAUCUGUCUGUUAUGGUAUUUUGUGAUUUUUUUUUUUUUUUUUUUAAAAAGUCAUUAUGCACUGAUGAUGGAUACAGUGGAAGAAGCAAACACCAGAGGCCCAUAAAACCCGUUUACUUCUGUUUUGGGACUAAAUUGGAUUUGACAUUAUAUUUUGGAUGCAUGUUGUUAAACUUUUUAUUUUAUUUUUAUUUUUCUGUACCUCUGGUUAUUUUCCUUUAAAACAUCCACCGAUAUACAUGUGUUUGUUGCGAAUGUUACUGAUCAGACCAUUCACUUUAUGUGUUAAACAGACGUGUUAAAAUGCGCACUUCGUCCUUGUGUGUGUUUCAGAAGCUCUUUGCGGUGAAAUAAAAAACGAACUCAUGCGGA